GUUUUGAGUUGGCAAAAUGCUACUACUACACCUACUAAUUGGGUCGGGUCUAGAUACAAUACUGGGACUCUAAAGUCACUGCCGACUGCCGAAGAACGCCGUGUUCGCCUCGCCACUGCCACCGCAAUCUAAACUGUCUGCCGAAUUGUUUCUAACGAAUUAGAAGAAAAAAUGCCACUGGGGAUAAUACUUGGGCUUGGAAGGGCAAUGCGCAGGAAGCGUACAUCAUCACUUGAUAUCCUUUCUUCAAAACGAGCCCCUAGAAAUUAUUACAAAGGAAAGAAUUGCAAACCUACUGGAUUUCAUACUCGCAAAGGUGGCUAUGUUGUGGUGCAGGAAAAGCUACCUAACUAUAUCGUUCCUGAUCUUACUGAUUUCAAGCUCAAGCCGUACGUUUCUCAGUGUCCACUGCAUGCCACAACUGAGAAUGCUGCUCCAUCAAAAUAGAAUUGACACCUUUUAAAAGAUCGGAACUUAGAUAUGAAUUUUACAAGCAAAGAUCUCAAUGAAGCUAGACUGAAUUUGAUGGUUGAUUUUGUUCAUUGUAUCUGUUUCAGCUACAUUUUAUUUAGGACAAUAUAAGCUGAUUAAGUCAAGUUAACUGAUAACACCAAUCACGUUCAUGUUUGAACAUUGUACGCUGUUAACACUAUCCAUCUUGCUCUAAAUUUUAUGCUAUGCGUUGCUUUCGUUGCUGUAUAAUGAGAAAUGUAGUAUGAAUAAGGGUUUGUUCUCUUCGACAUAUUAAACUUUUAGUACUUGAUGCUUUAGGUCGUAACCGAUACGAUU